AUGGGUGUUUUCACUGAGAGACAAGAGGGUUUAGUGAAGAGCUCAUACGAAGAAUUGGUACAAAACAUUACUCACUAUAGCAUUCGUUUCUUUACCUUGAUAUUGGAGAUUUCACCAGCCACAAAAGACAUGUUCUCAUUUCUAAGGGAUUAUGAUGAAAUACCCCAGAAUAACACUAAGCUCCAGUUCCAUGCUGUAAAGGUUUUCGAGAUGACAUGUGAAACAGCCAUUCGACUUCGAGAAAAAAGAGCUAUAGUGGCAGAUACCACGUUAAAGUAUUUGAGUUGUAUCCACAUCAACAAAGGAGUCAUUGAUUCUCAUUUCGAGGUGGUUAAAGAAGCACUGCUGAAAACAAUAAAGGAAGCGGUGGGCGACAAAUGGAGUGAGGAAUUGAGGAAUUCUUGGGAAGUAGCCUACGAUGAAUUGGCAGCUGCAAUUAAGAAUGCAAUGAGAGAGGGGUCAUCUUCAACUUAG